ACUGUGCCCAUCCCAGAUUAUUUAUUUGCAGAAUUCCCGAAGGCAGCAGGGUGCCGGGGUAAGAAAGGCGAGUGGGGUGGAGAACCCAGCGAAAAACGGCUCGAAGCAGCAGCAGCCUCGCAGGGAGACAAAACCAAGCAUCCUUUGAACCGGGCCGCCAGCGGCGGGAUGCGGGGCGGCAGGAGGAGGUGCGGGGCACGGCAGGGAGAAGCGGGAGGAAAGCCUGCUGCCGCUGCUGCGCUGACAUCACCGCGGGACGAUUCCCAUUUCCCGACGUCACUCGCAAGCCCCUGCGGCCGCGGGGGAGCGGGGAUGCUCCGAGCAGCCGCGGCGGGGGGGCCGGGGCCGGGGCGGGGCGGGCCGGGGCGGCGGCGCGGGGCCCUUUAAGAGGUGCCGGCGGCGCGGGAGGCGGCACAGGCCGGGCGUGCGUGGAGCCGCGGCCCCGCAGCCACCGCACCGAGCCCCGCUCCCACGGACGGACCCCCGCGUCCCGCUCUACCGAGAUCCAUCGCACCGAUCCCCGCAUCCCAGCACGCCGCGAUCCGCUGCACGGACCGCACUGCAGGGAGUUGCACGGCGCGGAGCCCCGGCCCCUCCCGCAUCCCGCCGCCGAACCGCACCGCCCCGCGCUGCCCACGGCGCGUCCCGGCGGCGCGGCGGGCAUGGCAGCCGGGAGCCGGCGCGGGGGGACCCGGCCGCUGCUGGCUCUGCUGCCGCUGCUGGCUCUGCUGCUGCUGCCGGUGCUGCCGGUGCUGCCGGCGGCGAGCGGAGGGUGCGCGGCGGAGGGCGGCCCGCUGGAGCCCUUCGAUGCUCUGUACGCCAGCGGGGUGGAGGCGUACUACGGCGGGGACUUCGCCGGCGCGGCGCGGUGCCUGGAGCGGGCGCUGCGCAGCCGGCGGGAGCUGCGGGCGGCGCGGCUGCGGUGCCGGCGGCUGUGCCGAGCGCAGGUGCGGCUGGCGGAGCCGGGCCCGGGCUCCGGAGGGGACCUGGCGUUCUUCGGCUCGGUGCUGCGGCGCGCUGAGUGCGUGCGGCGCUGCGAGCAGCCCCGCCUGGGCGCCGUGUCCCGGCACCGCGCCGCCGAGGAGGUGCGCGCCGACUUCCAGCGCAGGGUGCCCUACAGCUACCUGCAGCGCGCAUACAUCCAGCUGAACAAGCUGGAGGAGGCAGCAAAUGCAGCUCACACCUUCUUCAUGGCAAACCCUGAGCACAUGGAGAUACAGCAGGACCUUGAGAAGUACAAGACCACAUCAGGGAAGGUCAGCUUGAUUGACCAGGAGGCCAGGCAGCACAUGGAGGACUACAGUGCUGGGGUGAGGCACUAUGACAGGGAGGAGUACGAGCUGGCCAUUGAAUUCUUGGAGCGUGCCCUGGAAGGAUACUACUCCGAGGAUGAGGAUUGCCAGGUCAUGUGCGAGGGACCGCAGAGAUUUGAGGAGCACGAGUACCUGGAUUACAAGGCUGGUCUCUAUGAAGCUAUUGCAGAUCACUACCUGCAGGUGCUGGCCUGCAAGCACGACUGUGUCCGGGAGCUGGCCACGCGCUCGGGCCGCAUCUCGCCCAUCGAGAACUUCCUUCCCCUCCACUACGACUACCUGCAGUUCGCCUACUACAGAGUUGGUGACUAUGUAAAAGCCCUGGAAUGUGCCAAGUCCUACCUGCUCUUCCACCCGGACGAUGAAGAUGUCCUGGAGAAUGCAGAUUAUUACAAGGGUCUUUUGGAAAGUACAGUGGAUCCAGCCACCAUCAAGCCCAGAAAGGAGGCCAAAGCGCUGCUGCGGCGCCACAGGCUGGAGUCGCACCUGCUGCAGGCGGCCGCGGCCGGGCUGGGAUACGCCUACACGGAGCCGAACUACUGGAACAGGUACGGUGCCCGCCAGGAUGAGCACAGUGUCCCAUCAAGUAUCAGCAGUGAACCAGAGGAUGGGCCCCGGCUGUCCCUGACAAAGAAACCCAUGCCAAAGCCAGAACGAGAGCUGAAGGAGGGGGGCCCUCUUCUCUACAGUGACGUGAAGUUUGUCUACAACUCUCAGCAGCUGAAUGGCACCCAGCGAGUGCUGCUGGAUAACGUCAUCUCGGAGGAGCAGUGCCGGGAGCUGCACAGGGUGGCCAGCGGGAUCAUGUUGGCUGGAGAUGGUUACAGGGGCAAAACCUCCCCGCACACCCCGAAUGAGAGAUUUGAAGGAGCCACUGUCCUCAAAGCCCUCAAGUAUGGCUACGAGGGCCGUGUCCCGCUGCGGAGUGCCCGGCUGUUCUACGACAUCAGCGAGAAGGCGCGCAGGAUCGUCGAGUCCUACUUCCUGCUCAACUCCACGCUCUACUUCUCCUACACCCACCUGGUGUGCCGCACCGCGCUCUCCGGCCAGCAGGAGCGCAGGAAUGAUCUGAGCCAUCCCAUCCAUGCUGACAACUGCCUCUUGGACCCCGAAGCCAACGAGUGCUGGAAGGAGCCUCCUGCCUACACCUUUCGGGACUACAGUGCCCUCCUGUACAUGAACGCAGAUUUUGAAGGUGGCGAGUUCAUUUUCACCGAGAUGGACGCCAAAACUGUGACAGCCUCCAUCAAGCCCAAGUGUGGGAGGAUGAUCAGCUUCUCAUCGGGUGGCGAGAACCCCCAUGGGGUGAAGGCGGUCACCAAAGGCCAGCGCUGCGCUGUGGCUCUCUGGUUCACCUUGGACCCUCUGUACAGAGAGCUGGAACGAAUCCAGGCAGAUGAAGUGAUUGCAAUGUUGGACCAGGAGCAUCUAGGACCCAGUGAAAUGAACAUCAACCCAAAGGAUGAGCUAUGAACUAGGCCAAAGACUUUUUCUAUUAAAUAUUUAUUUAAUAUUGUUAAUCUUAUUAGAACCCUUCUAUUUUUGUACAGAGAUGCUGUAUAAAUUAACAGGUUAAUAUGAAUGUGGAGUUUCAGGAAUGCCUCUUCUGUGUUUAGCACAGCUUUUGCUGGAACCCUCAUCCCUGUGCCAGCAUCUCCUGUUGGGGCUGCCUCUGCUUCCAGCAUUCCCUUUUUCUCUAUAACUUCUCAGGACUCCUUCAGGCCCACUCUACCCCCUUGGAGAACCUGUUUUGUUUUUUGUUUUUUUUUUUUUUUUUUUUUUUUUUUCUUUCUCGGCCAAAAGUAGCUGCUUCUCUUUAGCAUCUGCUGGAGAAAAGUCUCAGGUGUCCUAAGGCACCAGUCUUUCUGCUCCUGCUUCCUGCUGAGGGAAACUGGAGCACAAAAACUGGUGCUAUGACUGUCUCUCACCACUUGAAAAAUGCCUUUUAGGGAAAAAAAAAACAACAAAAAAACAAAGGAAAACCCAAGUCCUAGCAAAGUGGAGAUUUCUCUGUAGCCACGUGAAGCUGGUGUUUGGGUAUGAAUUCUGAGCAGAGCUUCUGGAAAUCAGCUGCUGAGCAGGGGCAUGAGCUGUGCACAGGCAAGAGGGAAUGUGAUUUGCAGCUGACUCUGGUGAAAUAGGGUCUGUCACUCAUGUUCAGUCCCUCCUCUUGCUGAUGGCCUGGGAACAUGAAGGAUGCUGCUUCAUGCAUCCUUUGAGCUUCCAGCCCAGUCUGCUGCUGGUAGAACCCAAGGUUUGUAGUCAUAAUUUCUGGGUCCCUGCUGGAAAGCAGCUUAGGAAGUUACAGUGCCAUGGUGUUGGAUGGUCAUGGUGUAGCUCUGCGCUCUGGAUGUCCUGGCUGCAUCCUCCCAUCCUGGCAGUGCAGAAGCAGCAGAUGUUCAUGGUCUGCUAUUAUCUAUUUGCUCAGAGUAUUUCUGACCCAGCCUGAGGAUGUUGCAGUGAAAGCAAGUAGUCAAGUGACUGCUGCUAAGCCAGUAAAUCAUUCCUCCCCAACCAUUAAAUUUAGUCCUGUGUGUGGGAUCAGAGCAACCCCUAUCUCAGUCAGAAUAGGCACUGAGUCACAGGAUUUCUGCCCCAGACAUAAGGGCAACUUUUAUUUUGACCCAACAGCUGCUUCGGCUGCUGGAAUGCAGUUCCUAAAAGGUUUCAGCAGUCUUCACUUGAAAUUACUGCAAGGCUGCAGUCUAUCAGAAAACACUAUGAACUUUUUCUGGAGUUCACAUCCUUGAGCUGCUUUGGCUCUUUUAUAAAUCCUUUUCUGCUCCCCUCUGCCAGUUUUGGCAUUCUCAGAACUUAAAAUCUGCAAUAGAGAAUUGUCUUUCCUCUUUGCUCCUGUAGCUUGUGCCUGUUCCCAGACUCAGAAGCCUCCUCUUCCCAUCCAGUCACUGCAAAGGCUGUAGACAAUGAGUGUCCUUCUAUAGAGACUUCCUCAAAAGCUGGUCCUGGGCAAGAUAGAGGAGAACUCUGCAUCUGGAAAAAUAAAUGCCUAGACUGUGAAGAGGGAGCUAUUACCACCCAGAAAAUGCUGGAAGAGUUAUUUGCUGCAUCUCCUCCAAUGCUGCAUCUGCAGAGGAAAAGGCUCUGGGCGUUCUUCUUAAGCUACCAUCAUUGCUUAUUCCUUUGUUGUUAUCUCCCUUCCUCACACAGUGUUGAAAAGAUUCAUCAAGUGGGCUCCCCAGAGAACUGCCCACAGGUUUCUGCCUUUGAAGAGCCUUCCCUGCUUAAGUGCCUCUUAAGUAAAUACUUAACUCCAUCCCCCUUUUCAAAACAGCCAGAGGAGAAGCUAGGGAGAAGAAGGAGAGGGCAGCUGUUCACUUUGGAGAGCUGACCCCCAUUUCACUGUCCCUCCACGUGCACCAUGCUGCUGUGUCCAAGGCUCGACUCUGAAUGCUGCACCUUCCAUGUGGGCCUGUGCUGCCAUCCCCCAAGGAUCAUUCCCAAGUGCAUCCUGCAGAGCUGCCCCUCGCUGCAGCCCCAGCCCUCCCAGGGACCCCCCAGCUGGUUCUGCUGCAGGGAGGUGCAGGGGCUGGCACAGGUCAUGGGUGGUUUGUUGCUGUGGUGGGUAGCCAGAGCUGUGUCUAAAUCCAGGGAAAAUAAACUGAACACAUCUGG